GUGACUUAUCCAAAAUGGCAAAACACAACAUUAGCCUUAUGAUAGCCGUAGUGCUGGCAUUGCUUUUCUUCAUCGUCACAAUGGUGUUCUCCGCUCUUGCAGCACCGGGAAUAUAUCCAUUUUUGGAGUCCACCAGUAAUAUUUCAGAAGAGUUUGUAACCCAGAUCACACCCUCAGGAUGGACCUUUACCAUCUGGACGAUUAUUUACAUCUUUCUGGCCUCAGUGCUGGCAUUCGUAUUCACUGGCAUCUUUAGGAACCCUGCUAUUUUGCCACAUGGAUUUUUUGUGACUUUGUGCUUGAAUCUGAGCCUCAACACUGCAUGGCUGUUCUUGUGGGACAGAAGGUUGAUGCCAGCUGCUCUGGUUUUCCUCAUCCUAAUCGCCUUUACUAACUACAUCGUGAUAUUCUUCUCCUGCCACGGUCUCCACAUCUAUGGAGCCUGGCUCGACAAAUACCACAAAGUAGACCUGUGGCUCCAUCGCGUGUUGGUUCAGAACGGUGUUGCCAUAUAUGCAACAUGGACAACCAUUGCAUCUCUGGUUAAUCUGACCAUUGUGUUGAUCAGUAACGCAAACAUGUCCCAGACGGACGCUGCCACCCUCACACUCUCUAUUUUGACUGUAGUGUUGCUUGUGUGGUUUGUCCUGGAAAACUCUGUCCUCGACAAGCAUGUGAGGUACAUUCUCAUCAUUUACCCCGUUGUGAUCUGGACCCUGACGGGGAUAUUCACGAAGAACUAUGACACUGCAGCUCCUACUCGCAACAACAUCUUCACUGCUGCACUUUUGGCUGCAGCCUGUGCCUUGUUUGUUGCACGGGUGGUUUUGGUCAUCUGGAGGAACAUCAAAAACCCGCUUUACAAAGAUGUCAGCCCAGAGGUCAUGACUCCAAUGGAGAUUGCCAAAGAGCAGAAAAAGAUUUUUAAGUAA